CCGAAGGUUGCAUCUCGUGCUGGGCGACGCGUCCAUUCUACGCGUGCUGCCUCACGACGUGUCCCACCACCCUCCAUCAUGGCACGGACUCAGUCACCGGGUUGAGAUGUCUUGUCGCGUCUGCCGUCGAGAGCCACUACCAGUGGGCCACGGAUGACGUCCCAGAUCGAGGCAGAAUUAGAUCGCGCUCCAGGUGAAUGGGGCUACGGGCCUACGGCAUCAUGGCCCAGAUAAAAGCAAGCAAGCUGUCACUGCUCCCGCAUGACCAGUCCUUCUUACGCGACCCCGCUCGUUCCCGGCCCCAUGGCGUCUACGGAACACGACGAACAGGAUUCCAUGAACGAGAAGACGGCGCCUGCGACGCCCGUGGACGAGAAGAGGAGCCCCUCGGAGGAUGACAUCGAGACGGCCGGGGAUCCCGGGGACGACGAGUUCGCUGUGCUCCACGACGAGCGCGACAUUGCGACACACGUCAUCACUGUCGAAGACGAUGAGACGCUCAACCCGUGGACCAUCCGCGCGUUCGUGCUCGGGCUCGGUCUGUCGGCGUUCGGUGGUGUCUUGGCUGAGAUCUACUACUUCAAACCCCAAACUGUCCUUGUCUCGACCCUGUUCUUGGCUAUCAUCUCGUACAUGCUGGGCACGGCAUGGGGGUCCCUCCCACGUGGCAAGACCGGAUUGCUCUACUGGCUCAACCCGCACCCGUUCAACAAGAAGGAGAAUGCCUUCAUCGUCAUCAUGUCCAGCGCCGCCGCGACCUCGGCGCUCGGCACCGAAGUCCUGGCUGUCCAGCGGCUCUACUACAACAUCACGCCCAACCCAGCGGCCAGCAUCUUCCUGCUGUUUAGCAGUCAGCUCGCCGGGUAUGGCAUUGGCGGAUUGCUGCGUCCGAUUCUGCUGUACCCGUCCAAGAUGUUGUAUCCCGGGGUUCUCCCUCUCGUGUCGAUGUUCGAUGUCCUCUACACGGACGCGGAAGCUGUGCAGAAGAGAGUCAAGCUGUUCUGGAUCGCAUUUGGCUGUAUCUUCCUUUGGGAAAUCUUCCCGGAAUGGAUCUUCCCGAUGUUGACGGGAUUCUCGAUCUUCUGUCUGGCGGAUCAGCGAUCCCCGAACUUCACACGAAUCUUCGGCGGCUCGAACGGCAACGAGGGACUCGGGCUGCUCUCGAUCUCCCUCGACUGGCAGUACAUCUCCGGCGGCAGCCCGCUCGCGAUCCCGCUCAAGGCGCAGUUCAGCAAUCUGCUCGGGUACAUAUUGUCCAUCGUCGUCUUCGUCGGCGUGUACUACGGAAACGUGUGGAAUGCGAAAGCGCUGCCCUUUCUAUCGCAGGAACUGUUCUACGCCAAUGGGACUUUGUACGACCAGACGCUGAUCUUGAACGAGAACUUCGAGGUGGACAAGACCUUGCUGGCGGAGCAGGGCCUGCCGUACUACGCCUCGACUUGGGUCGUGCAGCUGCUGGCUACCAACUUGAGCAUCGCAGCGACCGUGACCCAUCUCCUGCUGUGGAACCGAGAUGACCUGAGGGCGGCCUGGAGCUGGGCCACGCCGUCCGCUCUCCGAAGCUCGGUGCGCAACUUCAACGGGCGGUUCUGGCAGGACGACGGGCUGCGCACCGCCCCCAAAGACGAUGCAGCGGACUUGGACCCGCACUAUCGGGAGAUGCUCAAGUAUCCCGACGCGCCGAACAGCUGGUACAUCGUCGCCCUCCUGGUCUCGUUCGUCAUGGGCAUGGUCCUGAUCUACAAAACGAACUCGACUCUGCCGUGGUGGGGCUUCGUUGUUGCGCUGAUCCUGUCCGCGUUCUGCACGCUCUUCUUCGGCGCGCUUUACGGCAUGACCGGGCUUGUGUUCAUCAUCCAGCCGUUUAACCAGAUGCUGGGCGGAUUCUUGCACCCCGGCAAACCAAUGGCCAACAUGUACUUUGUGUUGUUCAGUUACAACUCGGUCACGCAGGCCCAGCUUCUGCUGCGAGACCUCAAGAUCGCACAGUACGUCAAGCUUCCCCCGCGUGCAGCGUUCACGGCCCAGAUCAUCGGAACCUUAUUCGGUGCCAUUCUGAACUUUGUUCUGAUGAACUCGAUUAUCGAUAACCAGCGCCCGAUCCUGCUUUCUGUGCAGGGGACGAACAUCUGGAGCGGCCAGCAGCCGCAGCAGUACAACUCCCAGGCCAUCGCCUGGGGCGGACUGAGCCACGAAUUGUUUGCGGUCAACCAGCGGUAUCAGUGGGUCGCAUGGGCCUAUCUCGUCGGGCUGGUUGUCCCGGUCCCCUUCUGGCUCGCCCACCGGUACUGGCCAAAGCUGCGCACGGACUAUCUCUACACGCCCAUCAUCUGCUACUACAUUGGGUGGCUGUGCGUCGGCAUCAACUCGUCGAUCACGAGCUUUUUCGUGAUCGCCUGGAUAUCGCAGUGGUACAUGCGCACGCGCUACCCGCGCUGGUUCACCAAGUACAACUACGUGCUCGCCGCGGGGCUGGACGGCGGGACGCAGGUGAUGGUGUUCAUCCUGUCGUUCGCGGUCCAGGGCGCGUCGGGCAACAGCCAUCUCUUCCCUCAGUGGUGGGGCGCCAACCAGAAUGGUGCGCAACUACGACCGCUGUGUGGUCAUCCCUACGAACUAGACACCCCAGAUGCCACCGCCAUCAUUACAUAACAGACCCCGCGGGUACCUACUGGGUACCCAUAGAUGUAGCUCUAUGGGUACCCAGUAGGUACCCCCCCUGGCGGGGGUGCAGGGGGCAGGGUCAUGUGCAGGGGUCAGGAGGGGGGGAUAAUACAUAUCAUGUGAUUUAUCCUGUAGAUCAGGCAGAUGGGUGGGAGAAAAAAAUAGAAUCAUGUGAGGCAUCAAA